GCGCUGUUCAUAUGGAAACGAUCUGAGGUGAGCCAGGUAAUUAUGUACACGCCCCCGAGAAACGGCAUAAAACGUCAAGCUUCAUCACAGAAUUUACUCACUUCUUCUGCGCGUUUGGAUGAUGGCACGCUACGCGGGUGAAGAAGCACUCCGGCUGGUUCUGGACAGCGACGAAGAGAUUACUUUCUCCUCAGAGGAAGAAUGUGACUCGGAUGAUGAACGUUUGCAUUUUGAAGAGCGACUGGACCCAGCGGAGGAUAUCAUUCCUGACGAACGUGAGAAAAACAGUGCAAAAGAACCUGUGGCAAAGAGAGCCAAAGCAGAUAAGCAGCCCACUCUGUCAUGGAACACCGAGACUGAUGUUGACGUGGCUCCACAGGCUCUGAGAUUCCUGCCCACACGGCAACCUGGACCACAGCUAGACCCAAGACCCUGUGAUGCACACACUCCCAUGAGUCUGUUCAAAAUGUUUUUUUCUGCAACCGCUGUGUCAACUCUGUGUCGAAACACCAAUGCUCAGGCUGCCAGGGCACGUGCAAAGGGCCAUAAAUAUAAAUGGACAGACGUCAGCAUCAGUGAGCUGUACUGCUACAUUGGGCUACUCUUCUACAUGGCCAUGGUGAAGUUGAGGUCCGUCAGAGACUACUGGCGGCAGGAUAGUCUUUUCUCUAUUCCUUUUCCUGCCACAAUCAUGUCAAGGGACAGAUACCGCACCAUUUCAUGGAAUCUGCACAUGAGUCACCCAGAUGCAGAAAAGGACAAUGACCGAAAGAGGGGAACAGCUGAACACGACCGUCUUUUCAGGGUCAGACCCCUCAUGGACACUAUCCGGCAUGCAUGUAAGGCCAUCUAUCAUCCAAGACAAAAUUUGGCAGUGGAUGAAAGAAUGGUGGCAUGCAAAGCAAACACAGGAAUGACUCAGUACAUGAAAGCCAUACCAACCAGAGAAACACAGAACACCUCGACCAAGAAAAGAACCGAGCCGGAGUUGGAGCUGGAGCUGAAGCUGGAACCUGAACAGAGCUGGAACAGCAAGAGAACCUGCCUCAGAAGGUCCCAAGGCUGGCAACCUCGAACUUCGCCUGAAUCAAGUUUUCUCCCAGCCGUUCAGACUCCAGCCUCCCUCUCCGGCGACGAUCCAUAACUCCUCUAACAUCCUCC